AUGCUUCGCCACAACGUCCCCCUGACAGGACCAAAUGGGCCCAGCCAACUGCCAUCCACAACCUUCCACUCUGAAGGGUUGCCCUCGACGACCAACAACGACACACGAGCACCCCAACAAGUCCAUACCGGGCCCCAUUCGCCCAAGAUCAUGCCAAACCGGCCGGCCAGCACCGACAGCACGUGUCAUGGUCUAGCGGCAGGGACGGAUAAUCUCGAGUCCUGA